AUGCCUGAAGUUUAUGCCGCACCACCUGACUAUGCCUUCCCACGCGAAUUCAAAGGUUACGGCGAGAAGGGACUUCAGGGGUUAAAAUGGCCCAACAAUGCCAAGGUUGCCGUAUCUUUCGUCAUUAACUAUGAGGAGGGCGGCGAACGCUCUGUGAUGAAAGGCGAUGGAGUUUCCGAGAUCAACCUUCGUGAAUAUCCAGCGCAACACAGAAUAAACGAACGAGACUACAGCGGCGAAUCAGAAUUCGAAUAUGGUUCCCGUCGUGGAUGGUGGCGUAUCUUCAAGCUGUUCAACGAUUACAAGAUGAAGUUUACCCUCUACGCUGUCGGCUCAGCCGUAGAAGAACAACCAGAGGCUGUCAUCCGAAGCGUGGAAGAAGGCCAUGAUAUCGCUUCUCAUGCUUACCGCUGGAUAGACCAUGCCAACCUCUCUGUGGAGGCUGAGAAACAGCACAUCAGAGAUGGUAUCACGUCAUUGAAAAAGCUUGCUGGCUACGCACCAAAGGGAUGGUACUAUGGUCGUCCAUCACCACAGAGCAGAGCUCUGAUUCCGCUCGUAUAUGAGGAGAUGGGCGAAGAACUUCUAUGGGCUAGCGACACAUACGCCGAUGAUCUUCCUUACUGGACUGACCUGCCUCACGAGCGUGGUAGCGCAAACCCCAAAGGUUGUUUGAUGGUUCCCUACAGCUACGACUGUAACGACUUCAAAUUUCACUGCCAAGGAACUGGCUUCCGCAGCUCGGGAGCUUUCUACGAGCACUUGAAGAAUGCUUUCGAUGUGCUGUAUGAGGAGGGCGAAGCGGGUGAGCCAAAGAUGAUGACUAUCGGGUUACAUUGCCGCAUCAUUGGCAGGCCAGGAAGGUUCAAGGCGCUUCAAGACUUUGUGAAGUACAUCUCGGAAAAGGAAGGGGUUUGGGUUGCGACUCGGACUCAAAUAGCAGAGUCUUUCAGAGAACAGUUUCCUUACAAGAAGGGCCAGCUCGCGUAG